AUGUCUGAAGAAAGACGUGAAUUACGCAGUUGGUCGAUAGAGCCGAGGGAUCGGCGUGUACAUGCAGUAAGUCCGAUGCAUUUACAUGAAGGUCGAUUGUUGAAUUCAUUACUUCAUGAAGCACACAACAUCUCGACAUCCAAUAAUAAAAUAAACUCAUCACAAGCGAAUGGACUUGAGAAAGAACAAAUAGAAGAUGCUCAGUUGCAGCAUAUGAUUGAUAAAUAUCAAUCACAAGUUCUGCAACAACAGCAAAAACAACAGCAAUGCAUAAUCGGUGAAUCAGAACCACCAUCAUAUGCACACGCAUCUUCUUCAAAAGAAGCAUCCGUUGAAGCAUCAACGCGUGAAAAUGCGUCCUCUCUCAAAGCAAAACUCUUAACCAGUCAGAAACUUCUGACAGCACUUCAAGAUGAGAAUUCUUCAUUGAAACAACAAUGCGAAUUCUUGAAAAAGAAAACAACUCGUUUACAGCAACUGGAGAGUGCAUAUGAAACGAUCGAACGAGAAUACGAGACGUUAACGUCUCAGAAAGAACGUCAGGAUAGUCUCGAGAAGACAAUCCGAGCUAAACUCGAGAACCAAUUGAUGAGUUAUGCGACAGAAAAUGAGAUGUUACGCGAACAAGUUGAUAAGUUGACGCAACGAUUACAAAUCGAACCACAGGCAGAUCAGUUGAAUAAACUGAAUUUGAUCCUCAAUGAAAUGAUACCACAAAAUAAAGAAUUGUUGGCUUGUAAAGAAAGGCAAAAGAUGGAUAUUGAAGCAUUGGAAAUCACUCUGAAAGAUCAGCGAAAUCAUAUACAGAUUCUCGAAAAGGCUCUCAGUAACGCCCAAGAAAAGGUUUGGCGUAAGGAUAAGGAAGUUGAAGAACUCACGGCUGGUGCCGAACGGGCCGCAGCUUUACAAAGAGCUGUUGAGAAGUCAGUAUUGGAUAAGCAAAAAAGAGAAGAGGAAUGGAAUCGGGAACGAUCUCAACUAGAGAUGGAAAAUGCUCAGCUCAAGAUGCAGAUUGCUAAGGAAAGCGUCUCGGUCGGUGUGAAGAAGAGCGCUGGUGCUCGAAGUCCAGAUAGUGAAGAAACUGUCGCGAAACUCAAAAAAUCACUUCAUGCCAAAGAUGACCGCAUAAUGCAGUUGGAGAAGAGUGUCAUUGAGCUAGAAGCAAAGUUCCACGAGGAAAUGCAACGCAAUAAAAUGGCAAUCGCGACACAGUCCGACACACUGUCGGGUAAAUUGAAAAGAAUGGAAGAGGAAAAAAGUGAGAAAGAUCGGAAAAUAGCUGAAUUAACCGAAGAGAAACAACGAUUAAGUGAGAAAUUGGAAGAGGAACGGAAAAAUUCGGAGAGUCGUGUGAAUCUUUUGCAGAGGGAAAUCGACCGUCUUCGUAGCGGUGAUGAACGCAGAUUUCGAGAGGAUAUGGCUCGAAUGGAACAAAUGCGUUUGAAAAUCGCCGACAGACGAUGUUUUACGACUGAUCGAGUCAGGAAUCGGUUAGAACUCUUUCAAUCUCUUCAGUCUCAUUCAUGUGUCUCACCGAAUUUCAGAUUCAAUAACAACGCAAAUAAUCACGGUCGAACUUCAUCAGGAUCACGUGUUACGGCACCAACACAUUCUCAUUCCAGAACACAUUCUGCGUCGGCGCUGUUAUCGUGCGAAUUAGCAAAUGAUGUCUCGCAACUCUCUGAUACUCCUUUGGAUCUGUCGAGUGGAACUGGAAUGGCCAGUGAUAACAUAUCAGCCAAUUUGAAUGCAAUCAAUUCAAAAGGAUCUGCAUCAAUAUCCUCUCCAUUUCUUCAUAAUCCAUCUUAUAAAGAAAUGCCGUUUCUAGCUGCGGACUCACCACAAUCUGAUGAACUGUAUAAGUCGUCAUUAUCGAAUGGGUAUUCAUAUUCAUCUAAGCCAUUACGUUAUGAUGUUCCGUCGUUCAUCGCUAACGGUACCACUAGUAGUAUUAUGCAGCGACUGCAACCACGAAUUAGCGAUCCUGUACCUAAGGAACCCGAAAACUGCAUUAAUAAAAGUGAUUUCUUGAUAAAUGAUAACAAUGAAAAUCACAAAUCUGGUGAGGAGGUAUGGAAUGUUUGA